UAUGGUAUAAGUAGAGAAUACCGCAACCAGUGUUACCGCGGUGAAGACAGAAGUGGCUGAAAAAAUGAAAAUAAAUCCUUGUCCGUUCAAACUAUUUAUCGACGAUUUUUAAAAAUAUUCCAAAAUUUUACGAGUGAACAAAAUGAGCAAUCAAAGUUCAGCGGCUAAAGUUGGUGAGAUUUUCAGUGCAGCGGGUACUGCAUUCAGUAGAUUAGGUGAGCUGACAUUGACGUUGCAACCUACAAACGAUACUCCUACACCCAACAGCAAAUGGACUGAUGAUGAUAUAGAAAUGCUACAAAGUGCUGUAAAGAAAUUCACAGAUGACUUAGCUAUUAUCUGCGACCAAAUCAAACAGCGGACAGUAUCACAAAUACAUACAACUCUCAAAAGAAAAUCUUAUGAGAACCGAGCAAUCAAUCCAGCUGCAUUGACAAGAACACCAAUGUCCAUAACAUCACCAAUAUCAACAAAUAUACUUAGUACAAAAUGUAAUUCUGCUGAUGUUACAUUAAAUAUGUUAAAUGCACCUCAAGAACAUAAUUCUGGUUCAGAUGAUGUUCCUAGUGAAAAUAACCGACACAGCUUCAAUUGUGGUGUUGAUAUUGAAUAGCUAAGAUAAAUUUCUAAACAGAUUUAUCUGACAUACCAAUAAUUAACUUAAAUUAAAAAGUUGUGUUAUAAAUUGAUGGUUACUCAUUUAAUGGUCUCUUUUUUCUCCAUUUUAUAAAAUAUAUAUUAUUUCUUUUUUUUCUUUCUUUAAUUUUAAUUUUUAUAUGUAUAUUUGUCAUUUUUAUUUCUAUUUAUUUCAAUGUACUAUGAUAUUCAUGACGAAAGAACAAAAUUAAAUAUUUGAUAAAUAAUUAUAUUGCAUUCCUAAAUUUGCAAUGAUAAGUAUUGAUUUUUAAUUUAUUGUUCCAUAAAGCAAUACAUAUGAUGAUAUUGGCAUUCAAUUAAGUUUAAUUUUAGUCAAAUUAUAAAAAUUAAAUGUAUAUUUAAUUAAUAAAAUUGUCUAAAAUAAAAUCAUUCUAAAUGUAUGUAGUUAUUAAUAGAUAGUAAAAUUAUUGUUUAUAAUAAUAGGUUUUUGUAUGUAUUAUAAUAAGUGAUUAAUAUAAUUUAAAAAGUAUUUAUUUAACUUGGUA